UACAUUGAAAACCUGCUCGGAUCGACAAAACCACAUUAUUGUAUUGAUAAUAAUAGUAUUUCAAUGUAAAAAAAUGUAUAGAAUGUUGUUGCGUUUGACAUAUUUUAACUUAAUUUUUAAUCUGUUUAUCGCUGUUCAUCAGGUAAUUGUAACACCUUUUUAACAUCCUUGGAUGGGAUGUUAUCUCGCUUGGGUACAAACAAACAAACUAUUUUAGCAGGAGACUUCAACAUAGCACUUGACAGUGAAAAUAACAACUUCCUAUAAAUGCGGAAUGUACUGGAGAGUUUCAACAUGAAACAAAAGAUAUUCGAAGCAACAAGAGGUGAAAUUUGACAAUAAUUUUCUCGAUCAAGAUACAGGGGUUAGUUUUCUGAUCACUGAGGUCAGCGGGUUUCAUAGCAGAAACGAAGAGGCAGCCUUACACGGAAAACAUAGCAAUGUCUUGACCUUCAACAUAAAGAGAGAGAAAAUGAGCAGUACGAGAAAUCCAGCCACACUUAUGGCGAUUCCCAAGGAGGAAACUUUCGAUUUCUUAUUUAAAAUUGUCCUUAUCGGGGACUGUGGUACCGGAAAAACUUGUGUUGUGCAAAGAUUCAAAAAUGGAACAUUCAUCGAAAGACACGGGAACACCAUCGGGGUGGACUUUUCUAUGAAAACUGUUACCGUCGAUGGGAAAGAAGUCAAGUUGCAAAUUUGGGACACAGCGGGUCAGGAAAGGUUCAGGACAAUCACUCAAAGCUACUAUAGAUCUGCAAAUGGUGUUAUCAUAGUUUACGAUAUUACUAAAAGGUCUUCAUUUCUUUCUGUUGCAAGGUGGGUAGAAGAGGUACGUCGAUACUCAGGAAACUCAGUUUUACUGGCACUUGUCGGUAACAAGGCAGAUUUAGAGAGUUGCAGAGAGGUGGAGUUCGAGGAGGCUGAAGCUCUUAGUCAAUACAUGCCCGAAGUAUUAUUUGUGCUCGAAGCCAGUGCCAAAGAUAAUUCGAAUGUUGAAGAAGCGUUUAUGUGUUUGGCCACAGAGUUAAAGAGGCGUCAAGAUAAUGGUAUGCUAGGACAAGACGACGAAGAUACUGUUCGAUUAGGAGAGAGCCGUUCAGUUGCAAAAUGUAGCAGUUGCACGAAAAGUAUUUUUUAAGAAAAAUAUUAUGUAUGGUUUCAUACAUAUCAUUGUGUCAAAAGUGCCUUAUAAAAGUAACCCGGUUUUAGGUAAGCUUUAAACUUAUUUAUUAUUUAUCUUUCAACCUAAGUGAUCUUGAAAUUAACAAAUUAUAUUAGGUAAUAAUAUAUUAUUUUUAAUUUGUUUAGUCCGGUACAAAAUAUUUAUUUUAUUUGUGUAGGUAUAUAUUAACAUUAAUCGAUUAGCUGCUCCAUGAAAGUUUCAGUUUAAGUGAAAAUUGGGUAUCUAUGGAAUUGUUAAGUAAGUUUUCAGAAGUAUUAUUUUGAUUCACUUUUAAUUUUUCUCAAAAUUUUCAAAUAGGUACCUCCUAUGAGCAAGGUAUUUUGUUUAUUGCCAUUAUUUCUCACAUAAUUUCUAGGAGCAGCACUUUCUCUUCAUACAUAUUUAACAUUGAUACUCAUCUAUAAGCAAUAUUUUAUUUUUUUUAUAGGUUUAUUGUGAUUUUUUCGAAUCUUUUUAGCAUUGUAGGUUUUUGACUGUAUGUAUGUACGUCUAAAAUUACUCAUUUACUUUUUACAAAUUAUGUUUGUUGAAUUACCUAGUGAUAUUUUUGUAUUUUAAUUGUUUUUUUGUAUGUAACCAAAGGUUUUAGGAAUAGUUCUGUUAUAAUUAAGUAUAGUUAUUUUUAUAUACUUGUGCGAAAAGAUACACUUAUUGACUUGUAUGUAAGUACCACAAGAUUGUGAAAAUUAAAAUUAUUGUGGUCAAAUACAUUUUUGUAUUUAAUUGCGACUAUUAGUUGAGUGUUAAUUUGUAUUCAAAACUUGAAUAGCUAUUUAAAUUCUAGGCAUAUAUGCAUUAAAGAAUGGACUUCCAUUUGAUACUAGAGUUGAAAGCAUAUUUCCGCAAUCAAUGUUUUACUAAACUUUGGAAUAAGGGUCACUUCAUAAAUAAAAAUAUAAUUUGUAAUAGAUACUUUUUAACACUAGAAUAUAAUACCUAGUUAAAUUUAAAUGUUAUUACACAAGCAAAGUGAUUACUUUUCGCACGAUUAUGGAAAAAAUAUUUAAAGGAUUUCUGUCCCUUGUAUUGAAUCUCUCCUUUCUAUUACUGCCUUUAUUAGUCCAGGAGUCAAUAUACAUAAAUUGUUUCUACCUGACACUAUUUAUUGUGAAGCUGAAAGUUUGCAAAAAAGUAAUUACUAGUCUGAUUUUUAGCUGUACAAUAAUUAAUUCCAGGUCAAAAACCAAAAGAUCUGGGCUAUUUUGCUCACCAAAAAAAUGUUGCAAUUUUGUUUUGGCAGGCCUAAAAAUUUGAAAUUUGAUGCUUCAUAAAAAUAAGAAAAUCCUAUAACUUGCCAUUAGAUUUAUACAUUUGGAAUUGGAUAGCUCUAUGGCAGUCAGGCCUUGGACAUUUUUGUCUGGAAAGGUCUUAUUAAAUUGUUCAAAAUAGUUUGAUAGUUUCCUAUGAUUUUUCAAAUAUUGUCAACAAAGUUGAUAAUUUUAGAUCUGACCAAUCUUUUUCGUAUACCUUCUAUAAAUUAUCUCGACUAUACAACUGUCGUAGAUCUAUCCAGGAUCUUUCAGUUUAGUUUUUGUAAGAAGACCAGAAACUUGCAUGGUAAUUUUUAAUGAAAAUAAAUCCAAAACUACAUUCAUUUAUUGCUUCAAAUUGACUACAUCCGUCCACAAAUAUUAAUUUCUGAUAAAUUCUAAAUAAAUAAAUAUGUUUUAAUUGAUAUACACAAACCUAAGCAGAAGAUAAUAUAAAAAUUGCUUUAAAAACAUCCUCUAUUAAUAUCAUUAUUAAGUAUGACACAUUGAGAAAAUAAAUACAUAAUUAGAUAAUGUUCUAUUUACUGCACUCUUAUAAUUACCAUGUAUAAAGUUCACAGUGUCUCUUGAGUAUUUUGAAAACUCAUUACUGGCUAGACUAAUGAGAUAAAAUAAAUAAAUAAAACCCUAUAUUACAACAAUGUCUGUUUAUGUAACAAUGCCAAAAUAUAAUAAUUAAUAAAAUACUAUUUACAAUAAUUAUUAUUGAGCAAUUUUUUUUUUUUAAAUAAUUCACUAUGACAUGUGCAAAGCGAUUCAUUUGACAAUAACUAUUGAGGAAUUUGGGGUCUGUUCCAACCUCAUAUUAUGAACAAAUUGCUCACAUUAUGUCCUAGUUUUUUGGAGAGGUUGUAACAAACUUUUUGAAAUUAUUUUACCUAAAUAGAACAAUUUUUGGAUGAAAGAUUCGCUUUGCACAAUUUCUGUUUCCCAAUACUUCCCCGGAGUUUUCUACAUCGCCCUUUAGUUAAAAUUCAUUUGCACUCCUUAACUAAAUAGCGAUUUUUUCAGAAGUAUUAAUGUUUCUUUUAUUGAAUGACUUAUCGCUGACUUAGUUUAAAUCACAUCAGGUUUUUUUGGUAUCACUUGCCUAUGACUUUUGACAAUUUUACAUAUUUCCUACGGUGGGAUCAUAAGUAACUUUUGAAGAGUUUUCAUCAUG